AUGGCCAAGAAACUCAUCGCCGUUGUCGGUGCUACUGGUAAUCAGGGCGGUUCCGUCGCCCGCCGCUUUUUGGCCGCCGGCUACCGCGUCCGCGCCCUGACCCGUGACUCCGCCUCCCCCUCCGCCGCCGCCCUGGCCGCCCUCGGCCCCGACCUGGAACUUGUCCACGCCGACCUUGAGGACGUCGUCUCCCUAGAGGAGGCUUUCCGCGGCGCCAACGCCAUCUUCAGCGUUACCAACUACUGGGAGCCCUUUUUCCGUCCCGACUGCCGCGCAAAGGCGCAAGAGCAGGGCAUCUCGUGCCGAAGGUUCGCCUACGACGUCGAGUAUCGCCAGGGCCGCAACAUCGCCGACGCCGCCGCUACGACGGUGGAGUCGCUCGACGAGAACGGGUUUCUGGUCUCGACGCUGAGCCACGCUGCUAGGUGCAGUGGCGGGCGGUUCAAGGAGCUGUACCAUUUCGAUGCCAAGGCCGAUAUUUUUCCCGACUAUGUGAAUGCCAAGUAUCCUGCGUUGGCGGCCAAGAUGUCUUGUAUCCAUACCGGAUUCUUCUACACAAGCUAUCGAAUCCUGCCCAACUCAUACUUCAGAAAGAACCCCGAUGAUACCUUUACCAUGGCCUUCACCACCUCUCCAGACAAGCCCAUCCCUCACUUCGCCCCGGCCAGCGACAUGGGCAACUUUUCCUAUGCAGUGUCCCAAAUGCCACCAGGGAAGGCUUAUAUGGCGGAAGGAACAACCUGUACCUGGCCGCAAUUCCUCAAAACAUGGGCCAAGGUGACGGGCGUCAAGGCCGACUACAAGCAGAUUUCGCCCGAGGAGAUGAUUGAGGCUACGGGAGAGCGAGACACGGGCAUCGAAGUCGCCUACAUGUUUUCCUACUCGUCCGACCCUGGCUAUGACGGCGGCAUGGAUCUUUUGACUGCAGCGGAUCUUAGGGAGGCUGGUAUCGACUGUCCCAUGACAGCUUGGGAGGAGUGGGCUAAGCAGAACGACUGGACUUCCGUUCUUGAAAAGUAA